AAUAGUCUACUUCAGCAAGGUUGAGGUUGAGAGAAGGCCACUUAUUUGCUUUUAACACGAUGAGCGAUUUCGGACUGCAGCUGCUCUGUCUCCUUGGUCUUUUGUCGUUGACCUCAGCCUGUUACAUCCAGAACUGCCCCCGAGGUGGAAAGCGUUCAUUCCCGGAUCAACUUCCCAGACAGUGUAUGGCAUGUGGCCCCGGUGAUAGGGGCCAGUGUUUUGGCCCCAGCAUCUGCUGCGGUUAUGAGAUGGGCUGCUAUGUGGGCUCUCCGGAGUCUGCACGCUGUGCAGACGAGGACUACCUGCCAUCCCCGUGUGAAGCCAGCGGAAAGCCAUGCGGCCCCGAGGACGGCCACUGCGCUGCGCCCGGGAUCUGCUGCGAUGCCGAGAGCUGCGUUCUGGACCCAGACUGCCAGGAGGAGAGUAAAAGCAGACCCUUGGGCGAGCAGACUGCUACGCUGAUGGGCCCGUCUGCGGCGGAGAUCCUGCUCCGCAUCCUACACGCUAGUGGACGGGCACGGAGUCAGUACUAACAGCUCCAUCUGCUGGAGGAAAGAGGAUUGGCAGCCUGCUUAUUGUGCACAGCAAUGUAUCCGAAAUGCACAUACUGUAGAUAGGUGCGUAGUGGAGUGCUAUAUGAAUAUUUUCCCCCCAACCAGACUCACACACAUACACACAAACAGCAAAUUGCAGACAACUCUGGGUUUCAACUUCAUAUGGAAAUC